AUGAACUUGCAGGCUGAAAAUGUCGCAGCUACCAUGACGACUUCCCGUAGCUGCACAAUAGAGAUACAAAAUCACAAUGAAACUUACUGGCUCACCAACCCAAAGUGGCACAUGAUCAGUGGUCAAAUCCACUACCCUCCCCAACCUACAAUACAGUCAACCAAAACAGGCAUGUGCACCUUUACCAAGACAGAAAUGGGUUUGAGGGGAGCAGUUGGCGUGCUGACAUAUGAGCUGUCCCGAGUAGAAGAUGAGAAGUGUGAAAAACAGGUAGCCAUCAUGUUCUCCAUUCCAUUCGACUACAACCUCUAUGUCAACGAGAUGGCCGUGGGUGUCUUCAACAAUGACAGGGUGUGUAAUGAGCUCUUGUACAAGCAAAUGUAUGAAGAUCAAGAAAACAAAAACUUCAAACGCACCAAAGCCAAGGAGUCUGGAUUGAAUCUAAAAGCUGAUAUAGUGAACGUCCGGGCCACCAUGAGCAGUGGGGGAAAAGCUCUGAUCAAGAUGGAGAUCUAUUAA